CUAUAAAAAAAGGAUGCGCGGUCAGAUUUUCACGAAGAAAAAUGAAAAAAACAGUCCGAUGCACGAGUGGAUAUUUUCACAGCAGUUUUGAGUUUGCCACCAACGCGAGCGGUUCAUUGUAUAUUUUCUUGGAAUAACACGUGUGACUGGUAUAUUGACUAUCAGUUCUGAUCGUGGUCUUUUCGAACGACUAACGUUCAUCGAUCGAAUUGUGAAUAAUUAAAUAAGCAAAAUGAUCGAGAAUGGUGACUAUUCCAUGCAAUACGGCGAAGAAAACUACAUGGAGCAAGAAGAAGAAUGGGAACGUGAAGGUCUUUUAGAUCCUGCCUGGGAGAAACAACAGAAAAAGACCUUCACCGCUUGGUGCAACAGCCAUUUACGCAAAGCCGGCACUUCAAUUGAAAAUAUUGAGGACGAUUUUCGAAAUGGACUCAAACUCAUGCUGUUGUUGGAAGUUAUAUCUGGUGAAACCUUACCAAAGCCCGACCGCGGCAAGAUGCGUUUCCAUAAAAUUGCCAACGUAAACAAGGCACUUGAUUUUAUUGCCUCCAAGGGUGUGAAGUUGGUAUCCAUUGGAGCAGAAGAAAUCGUUGAUGGCAACCUCAAAAUGACAUUGGGUAUGAUCUGGACCAUCAUUCUCCGCUUCGCUAUUCAGGACAUCUCCGUCGAAGAAAUGACUGCCAAGGAAGGUUUAUUGCUUUGGUGUCAGCGUAAAACUGCCCCUUACAAGAAUGUUAAUGUUCAAAACUUCCAUUUAAGUUUCAAGGAUGGUCUAGCGUUCUGUGCUUUAAUUCAUAGACAUAGACCAGAUUUGAUCGACUAUUCCAAGCUAUCUAAAGACAAUCCACUUGAGAAUUUGAACACUGCGUUUGAUGUCGCCGAGAAAUAUUUGGAUAUUCCAAGAAUGUUAGACCCAGAUGAUUUGAUCAACACUCCAAAGCCAGAUGAACGUGCCAUUAUGACAUACGUAUCCUGUUAUUACCAUGCUUUCCAGGGAGCACAACAGGUUGGACACAAUCUGCAGAAUACCGCUAUGCCAGAUGAACGAGCUGUCAUGACCUAUGUGUCAUCGUAUUACCAUUGCUUCAGUGGUGCACAAAAGGCGGAGACAGCUGCCAAUCGUAUUUGCAAGGUGUUGAAGGUCAACCAGGAAAACGAAAGACUCAUGGAAGAAUAUGAACGAUUGGCAAGUGAUCUUUUGGAAUGGAUUCGACGCACUAUGCCGUGGCUAAACUCCAGACAGUCCGACAGCACACUGGCUGGGGUUCAGAAAAAGCUCGAAGAGUACAGAACCUAUAGGCGCAAACAUAAGCCACCACGUGUCGAACAGAAGGCUAAACUGGAAACGAAUUUCAAUACGCUGCAGACUAAACUUCGUCUAUCGAACCGACCAGCUUAUAUGCCAACCGAGGGAAAGAUGGUUUCCGAUAUCACAAACGCUUGGAAAGGAUUGGAACAUGCGGAGAAAGCCUUCGAAGAAUGGCUUUUGGCCGAAACCAUGCGUUUAGAACGUUUGGAACAUCUGGCUCAGAAGUUCAAGCACAAAGCCGAUACCCACGAAGAAUGGACCAAGGGUAAAGAAGAGAUGCUGCAAUCACAGGACUAUCGCAACUGCAAAUUGAAUGAACUCAAAGCUCUUAAGAAAAAACACGAAGCGUUCGAAUCAGAUCUCGCAGCCCAUCAGGACCGCGUCGAGCAAAUAGCUGCUAUAGCGCAAGAAUUGAACUCCCUGGAGUAUCACGACUGUGCUUCGGUAAACGCACGCUGCCAACGAAUUUGUGACCAGUGGGAUCGUUUGGGCGCCCUCACACAGCACCGCCGUCAAGGUUUAGAUGAAGCUGAGCGUAUUCUUGAAAAAAUAGAUCUUUUGCACCUGGAGUUCGCCAAGCGUGCUGCUCCAUUCAACAACUGGCUGGAUGGCGCUCGUGAAGAUCUGGUUGAUAUGUUUAUCGUACACACCAUGGAGGAGAUUCAGGGAUUGAUUCAGGCUCACGACCAGUUCAAAGCCACUCUCGGGGAGGCUGAUAAGGAGUUCAAUGUUAUUGUGGGAUUGGUUCGUGAUGCUGAAGCGAUUGUCAAACAAGAACAGGUACCCGGUGGGCUUGUCAAUCCCUACACUACUCUGACUGCUGAUAUCAUCAGUAGAAAAUGGUCUGAAGUGCGAGCGUUGGUUCCUCAGCGUGAUCAAACCUUGGCCAAUGAACUUCGCAAACAGCAAAAUAACGAAAUGCUACGUCGGCAGUUCGCUGAGAAAGCAAAUGCUGUCGGACCAUGGAUUGAGCGUCAAAUGGAUGCUGUAACAGCAAUUGGAAUGGGUAUGUCUGGUUCGCUCGAAGAGCAGCUUCACCGUCUCAAGGAGUAUGAGCAAGCCGUUUAUGCUUAUAAACCAAGUAUUGAGGAAUUGGAAAAGAUUCACCAGGCAGUUCAGGAAUCGAUGAUUUUCGAGAAUCGUUACACUCACUACACAAUGGAAACACUACGUGUUGGUUGGGAACAGCUCCUUACAUCUAUAAACAGAAAUAUCAACGAGGUUGAAAACCAGAUCCUCACACGCGAUUCUAAGGGCAUCACACAAGAGCAACUGACAGAAUUCCGUGCUAGUUUCAAUCAUUUCGACAAAAAUCGCACUGGCCGUUUAGCGCCAGAGGAAUUCAAAUCAUGUCUUGUGUCUAUUGGGUAUUCCAUUGGCAAGGAUAGACAAGGGGAGAUGGACUUCCAGCGUAUACUAGCCGUGGUAGAUCCAAACAGCUCAGGAUAUGUACAGUUUGAUGCUUUCCUUGAUUUCAUGACCCGAGAGAGCACCGAUACUGAUACCGCUGAACAAGUUAUUGACUCGUUUAGAAUUUUGGCUUCCGAUAAGCCAUAUAUAAUGCCCGAUGAAUUACGUAGAGAGCUGCCACCAGAUCAGGCGGAAUAUUGUAUUCAGAGGAUGCCACCAUACAAGGGACCCAACGCCACUCCUGGAGCACUUGAUUACAUGUCAUUUAGUACUGCAUUGUAUGGAGAAAGUGAUCUAUAAGCUGUUCGACGAAGAUUGGAGCUAUUCAUAUUAUGCUUUUCUGCUAGCUACGCUCAAAAGAGGAGAAAAGUGUUGCAUGCCAUUCAUCAAGUGCUAGAUAACAUUUAUUGAGAUAGAAAUAAAAAAUCUGCAUAUAUGAGUAGCUUCGUUCAAAAUAUUGAAUUUAAUUCAACUUUAAACUCAUCUACCAAUAAACGAAGCACAAUGCCAUAAUCAGAAGAAAGAGAGAGGAAGAUGGAGAUACUAACGUUGCGUGUAAGUCGAAACACAAUUUGGAAAUAUAUUUACAUAUUUAUAGAUUUUUUUUUCAAA